UUCAAGUCUCCACCACACCACACAACACCAUCUUUUAAUAAAGAUAUCAUAUCAUUACUCUUUAACACUCUCUCUGUCUACUACUACUAGUACUAGCAACCAAUUUUUUCACUCCUUCAUUUGACUUUUAACUAAUGCAUGUGUAUGCUCUUCUACUCAUCAACUGAUCUUUUACUCACUCACUCAAUGGAGUUCAAUCUUGAAUACCCUUUUACAAAUUUCCAAGACCUUGUCCUUGAUGAUGAUACAGAAACCUUACCAUCUCUCUUCCUCGUUGAAUCUGAUCACAUGCCUUCAGAGGACUAUCUGAAGUCUCUCAAGAGCAGUUCUUCUGAUUUCUCUGUUAGGCAACACACUAUCUCUUAUAUCUUCCAGUUUUCCUGUGACUUUGAUCCGUUAUUAUCAUAUCUUGCUUCCAAUUACAUGGAUCGUUUUUUAUCAACCCAAGCAUUGCCGCAACCAAAGCCUUGGAUGCUUAGGCUUCUUGCAAUCUCUUGCAUAUCUCUGGCGGCAAAGAUGAGGAAAAUAGAGUUCACUCUCACUGAUUUUAAGGAGGAUGGAGGACUAAUAUUUGACACACAAACUAUAGAGCGAAUGGAGUAUCUCGUCUUGGGAGCUCUGAAAUGGAGAAUGCGUUCAAUUACUCCCUUUUCUUUCCUCUCCUUUUUCAUUCCUCUGUUCAAGCUCAAAGACCCUCCAUUAAAACAAGCUCUUAAAGCUCGGGCAAUUGAAAUCAUUUUCAAAGCUCAAAGUGAUAUCGAGAUUUUAGAGUUCAAGCCAUCAAUUAUCGCUGCAGCGGCUCUUCUCUCUGCCUCUCUUGAACUAUUUCCUUUGCAAUUCUCUUGCUUUAGAAAGGCAAUUUCCAACUGUUCAUAUGUAAAUAAGGAAAAGAUGUUGGAGUGCUACAAUUGCAUAGAAGACAUAAUGAUGGAUGGAUACGAGUCAGGAUUUGAAACGGUGUCCAGCUCAGACACGCCAGUCAAUGUACUUGACCGGCGAUUUUCAAGCUCAGAAAGUGAUAAGACCCUUGGCUCCACCACCACCACCACCACAGCCCCCAAUACUCAGCAUAGCCUAGAGAGAGAUGCCAAGAGGAGAAAAAUGAAUGGUUUCUGUGACAAUCACCAGCUUUCCCAGGCCCAACAGCACACCGCUAAUGCAACUGGUUUCUAUAGUUAAUCAAUCGCCUGGUCCUUUUGAGAGUGACCCUAGCUAGCUACCUAGCAGCAGGC